AUGGCCUCUCGAGAAUUAAGUGACUCGGAAGUGACGCACUUGGUAGAACUAUAUCAGGAAAACGAAAUUCUGUGGAAAGUUACACAUAAGUCGUACAGAAGUCGAGAAGCAAGAGAUAACGCCUAUGCAAGAAUCAGAGAAUCGUUGAAUACGCCAUCACUUUCAUUGCAAGAUAUAAGCAAGAAAAUAAAAAAAUUACUGUCUACAUACAUAAAAGAAAGAAAAAAAAUUGACGCUAGCUUCCAAUCCGGUGUCAGUACACAAUCUGUUUAUAAACCAAAGAUGCCGUGGUUUGAAAUAGCUGAUGGAUUUUUGAGGACAUAUACAAGUAAAAGACAUACAAAUACAAAUAUGGAUGAAAAUUUUGAUUGUGCUUUAACAAUCAGCGAUACAGGCAGUGAUGUCACGCAAACUCCCACAUUAACGGAAGGUACCUUUUUAAGUACAUCGCAACAUACAACUGAUUUUUCUGAUGAUUCUCGAAACUUAACUCAAAAACCUAAACGCAAAAGAAACCAUGUGGUGGGAAAUAAAGGUAACGAGAACUCUGAAGACGUGAUUGCAGUGGCAUUGGAGAAAUUGGACAACUUAAGAAAAGAAGUUGGAACUAUGAAGGAAGAUGAAUAUGAUAUAUUUGGCAAAUACAUUGCGUCUUCGUUGCGACAAAUGCCGAAAAAACACUUUAUUUCAGCAAAAUCAAUAAUCCAACGAACUAUUACACAAUUUGAGUUGAGGAUUUUAUCUGAGGAAUGUACAACAUCACAUACUACAAACCUCAACCCGAUCGAGUUUGUGUGGGCAAAUAUUAAAAACUGCCUGGCCAGAGAUCACAUUAAUGCUACAUUGAACGAGAAAAUUACAAUACUAACAAGGCUAUUUUCCGAAUUCUCUGCCGAACAAGUGCAAAAAUGCGAUGACCACGUACAAAAAAACGAACAAGAAUACUGGAAUCAUGAUAUGAGAUUUGAUACUAUGAUGGACGAAAUCAUUAUAAACUUCCAAGGUGAUUCUGAAUCAAGUUCAGAAAGUUCAGAAUUAAGUGAUUCAGAGGAUAUGUCAGAAUAA